GUCUGACCUAGGCCUGGGCGUUCGGCCGUCAGUUUCGGUUUGGUUGAUUUGGAUUUUGGAUUUUCGAUGUAAUGCUCAUAAGUUCCAUUCGGCUUUUAUUGAUUAUCAUGUCGGUUUCGGUUCGGUUCCUUCCGGAUUUGGUUCGGAUCGGAUGGUAACCGAUAUUCAAAAUCGUCCAAAAAUACAUUUUUAAACCUCGAAAUGGACAAAAAAAAUUUUAAAAUAUAAAAAUAAUUCACAAAUCUAAUUAAAAAUUAGUUAAAAUAUCUAAAUUAACUAAAAAUUAUUCAAAAUAAUAAAUAAAACAAACAACAAAAAUAUUUUGAAUACUCUAAAAUAUUUAAAUCACCUUAACAUAUAUAAAAUAUUAACAUAUUUAACUAAUUACGGAUAUCUUCGGAUCUUAGUAUGGAUUUCGGUUCGGGUUAUAACCAAAUCCCAAAGUAUUAAGCUCAUAAGUCCCGUUUGGAUAUUUUUGUAUAACAUUUUGGAUCCGGUUUCGGUUUUUCCGGUUCGGAUUUAGAUAUGUACUUUGGGUUGGGGUAAAAAUGCCCAGGCCUAGUCUGACCUUUUUAAUGUUUAGUGUGGGAGCAAUUCGAGGCAACACUCAACGCAGAUGCUUGAGGAAAGUUUGGAGGGUACUCGAGGAUAAAGGAGUCUACAUCCUGAUUACAUAUGGAGCUCCGGAUUACCGACUUAGGCUGUUUAAAGACUCACGCUCUUGGACAACGAAACUCCAUGUGAUAGACAAAAGUUCAUUAGAAACGUCAAAAUGGGAACUGACGAAACCCAUUCCUCUAGAUACUGAGGGAGGAAGUUCAGUGGAAUCAGCAAUUGGCAAAAGCCCUGACGUCCACAACAUCUACGUCUGUAUUAAGACUCAGCUUGAAGUCAUGAGAAUCUUUUUUCUGCUCGUUGCUUAGGUCCUACAAGGAUUUGGGGUUUGUUAUAUUUAUGUGCAACAGUGAAGACGAUCAUAUCUUGGAUUCAUGUUUUACUUCCAAAUUAGAGGAGGAACAAAAGUUGUAUUUUAGCAUUCUUGGCUCAACGUUGGUUGCAUUCAAUAUUUUAGCAUGCCUUUUCUUAAAAAUAAUUUUCUGGCCUAUCAACAUUAUAUCUGCAGAUAAUGUUUUUGUUAAGAAAAGCCUUAUUUAGUCAAAAUCAAA